AGCUUCGCCUUUCAAAAUAAUAAAAAAAAAAAAUCCUAGAGAACCUUCGCGUACGUUCCAAUCAAAAAGAGGUGACAAAUGCGGAGGAAAAUACUGGUCGCUAUUGCCCCACUGAUCUCAAACUUCAGUCCCACGUUUGUCCGAAACGUAUCAACCACGACAUCUUUCUUCUUCCCGGACUCUUACUUUGAACCAAAUCCUCGAGAUACAGUUUAUGCAUGUAACCGACAGAUCGAAAGUCUAAUGAAAUGUGGCUCAGUUGAUCACGCACACCAACUGUUCGACGAAAUGUCUGUACGUGACGUAAUAACAUGGAACAUACUUAUUUCAGGUUAUAAGCUCAAUGGGUUUUCAAGAAAAGCAUUGUUUGUAUAUACCCAGAUGGUUUCACAAGGAUUUGUCGAAAGCCCGUCCACGUUUUCGACUGUUUUGGGUAUGUUUAGUUGUGAAAGGUUGUAUCUUGAAGGACUUCGAGUUCAUAGUAGAGUGAUUGUUCUUGGGUUGAGUUUGAAUGUGUAUGUUGGAACUGCAUUGAUUGAUCUUUAUAUUAGUAUGGGUUGUUUGGAUGUUGCUUUGAGAUUGUUUAAUGAUUUACCCGAAAGGCAUGUUGCGACGUGGAAUCAGUUGUUGAGAGGUUUUUGUAAGUUUGGGAUGUCGGAGAAGUUGGAAUUGUAUUCUAGGAUGAAAAGAGAAGGUGUGGUGCCUAAUCCUGUCACAUUUUGUUAUUUGAUUCGUGGGUUUGGGAAUGAGAGGUUUGUUGAUGAAGGGAAGGAGAUGCAUUGUUAUGCUAUAAAGGUGGGAUGGCCUGCAUCAGAUGUGUUUGUUUCGAAUGCUUUGGUCGAUUUUUAUAGUGCUUGUGGGAGUUUAAGUGAUGCGGAAAGAUCAUUUGAGGUUAUUCCGAUGGACGAUGUGAUUUCUUGGAAUUCUUUAGUUUCUGUCUAUGCUUAUAAUGGGCUUGGAGGCAAUGCCGUUGGGGUCUUUUCUAUGAUGCAGGUAUGGGGAAAGAAGCCAUCGAUUCGUUCGUUUGUGGGGUUGUUGAAUUUGUGUAGUGGGAAUGCGGAUAUUCUUCUUGGAAAACAGGUACACUGUUGCGUCGUGAAACUAGGGUUUGAUCUUGGUAGUAGUUACAUUCAAUCUGCUUUGAUUGAUAUGUAUGGAAAAUGUGGUAUGAUAGAUAGGUCAGUGUCAAUAUAUGAAAAUGUUCCUGCCAGAACUCUUGAGGUAUGCAAUUCCUUAAUGACGUCAUUAGCAAGGUGUGGCAUUGUGGAAGAUGUGAUUGAGCUGUUUGGUUUGAUGCUUGAUGAAGACAUUGGGUUUGACGAAGUUAGUCUAUCAACCUCAAUCAAUGCAUUGUCAAGGUCAUCUUAUGCCAGCUUGACGAACUGUAAAUCAUUGCAUAAUUGUGCUGUGAAAUCUGGUUUUCAUCAAGAUCUUGCAGUCUCCUGUUCAUUAAUAGAUAGUUAUUCAAGAUUUGGACAAGUUAAGUCGUCUUGCAAGGUUUUCAAACAGCUUUCUUCACCAAAUGUAAUUUGUUUUACGUCAAUCAUCAGUGCACAUUCUCGCAACAAAAUGGGAACAGAAUGUCUCAAAUUUUUUGAAGAAAUGAUUAACAAGGGUCUAAAACCAGAUAAAGUUAUGUUCCUAUGUGUAUUAACAGCUUGCAACCAUUCUGGAAUGGUUCAAGAAGGAAAGAUGGUGUUUGACUCAAUGAAGACUGUACAUGGUGUUGACCCUGACAGUCAACAUUUGGCUUGCAUGGUUGACCUUCUUGGGUGCAAAGGUUCACUUGAAGAAGCCGAAGUAUUGCUAAAACAAGCACAAGUUAGUGAUGAAUCUUUCAUAUGGAGUUCAUUGUUGCACCAUUGUAGGGUCCAUCGAAAUGAAGCAGUAGGAAGGAGAAUUGCAGAAUUAUUAAUAAAGAUUGAGCCCUCAAACCCUGAAGCUUGGUUACAAGCUUCAAACUUUUAUUCAGAAAUCGGGGAAUAUGAAACCUCUAAACAUACUAGAGAUGUUGCACUAGCCAGAAAGAUUCAAAGUGAAAUACUUAUUGUUUAACUAAUGUUAACAAUCACUAUCAGCAAAAAAAGGCUGUGAUUAAGCGUGGGCCAACAGAAGAGACACUUUUUGACAUGCUGCACUAAAACAUGUAUUUGAUGAGAAGCAAAGAUAUCUAAAAAAUGUAUAUUCUUACA